AGAGAGAGCAGAACUUCCCUCUCUUCAUCUCCACACACGCACACAAUCACUCAGUCACUCAGUCAGGAUCUGUCCUCGUCUCAGCGAUAUAUGUGACUUCGCUCACCUGAACCGAGCAGCUCUGAGGGACUUAGACGCCGGGGCCGUUUUGCGCUUUUACGCACCGUCUCCGAACCGCAGGAGGAUUUUACCGAGUCUGCAGCACUCGCUCUUCUGCAUGAAUCUCUUCGACUCCUGCCUGAAGAUGAGCGCCGAGCAGGACAAGAGUCUCUCCGACGCGCCCAGCCCGAGCAUGUCCGAGGACUCGGCGUCCGGGUCGGGCUCGGACAGCGAGAGCAGCCGCCUCGCGGACUUCAAGAAGGACGAGGAGGGAGACAAGUUCCCCGUGUGCAUCAGGGACGCGGUGUCCCAGGUGCUGAAGGGCUACGACUGGACCCUGGUGCCCAUGCCCGUGCGAGUGAACGGCUCCAGCAAGAGCAAGCCGCACGUCAAGAGACCCAUGAACGCGUUCAUGGUGUGGGCGCAAGCGGCGCGCAGGAAGCUGGCGGAUCAGUACCCGCACCUGCACAACGCCGAGCUCAGCAAGACCCUCGGGAAGCUCUGGAGGUUACUGAACGAGGGAGAGAAGCGUCCGUUCGUGGAGGAGGCCGAGCGUCUGAGGGUGCAGCACAAGAAAGACCACCCCGACUACAAGUACCAGCCCAGGCGGAGGAAAUCGGUGAAGAACGGCCAGAGCGAGAGCGAGGACGGCGAGCAGACGCACAUCUCCCCCAACGCCAUCUUCAAAGCCCUGCAGCAGGCCGACUCUCCGGCGUCCAGCAUGGGCGAAGUGCACUCUCCGGGAGACCACUCAGGUCAGUCCCAGGGUCCCCCCACUCCUCCCACGACCCCCAAGACGGACCUGCCGUCCAGCAAAGCGGAUCUGAAGCGCGAGGGCCGCCCGCUGCAGGAGGGCAUCGACUUCGGCGCCGUGGACAUCGGCGAGCUGAGCAGCGACGUCAUCUCCAACAUGGAGCCCUUCGACGUGCACGAGUUCGACCAGUACCUGCCCCCUCACGGACACCCGGGGGUCAGCGGCGGAGCGCAGGCGUACCCCGCCGGCUUCGGGCAGCUGGCCGGGCAGCCCGGGGGCGGCUGGGUGUCCAAACAGCAGUCGGGCGAGCAGCGGACACAGAUCAAGACGGAGCAGCUGAGCCCCAGCCACUACAGCGAGCAGCAGCCGCAGCCGCAGGGCUCUCCGCAGCACGUGGCCUACGGCUCCUUCAACCUGCAGCACUACAGCAGCGGCGGCGGCGGAGGAGGCUCGUACGCCGGAGCGGGACGGGCGCACUACGACUACGCCGAGCACCAGAGCCCCGCCGGAUCCUACUACAGCCAGUACCCGGCCUUCGGCUACCAGAGGCCCAUGUACGCCCCCAUGGCCGACACACACAGUCCGCAGCACUGGGAGCAGCAGCCCGUCUACACCCAGCUGUCCCGGCCCUGAGGGGCGUCCCGGCCGGGGACGAACUCUGAACACUGAGGGAGUGGCUCCCGACUGUGCCUUCUGAAAACCCGCUCGGAGUUGUGAUUAUAUUUUUCUAGAUAUAAUGAGACAAGAGAAUCCUCUGUGAGGACAGAUUCCAGAUAAUUAUUUUAGUAUGUACUGUGUAUGUGUGUGUUUUUCUCAGUUGUGUCGGGGGAUUCGUACACGGCCGUCUGAUGAUAUUUUUGUAAAGAUUCGAUAUUUUCCUCUGUGUAUAUUUGUGGGGGUUUCUUACACUUGGGCGAAGCGUUGGAUCGUCGGAUGUACAGUCGACUGCUUCUAGAGCACGUGCCUAAGCGUUGCCAUAUCUCUCGUUUCUGUGAAAACUGCCUCUAGAGUCCGUCUGUGCCUGUAGAGAGGAGGAACGGGAAGUGCCCUUUGACCCGAGGCUCGCCAUUGGUCAGAUCGUCAUUCCUCCAGUCUUAACCUCUUUAAUUUAUUCAUUAGCGUUCAUUUGACUUGAAAGUAAUACUAUUUUGCGUUUCGUCGUUUACUUGGGCUUCGUACGACUAAUUUGCGAUGAAACGUUUCCGGAGACGAUUACGAUUUAGUUGUAGCGCAAACCUUAACCAUCUCGUUUAUUUAUCGUUUGUUAAUGUUUCCAUUUAAAAAAAAAAAAUGUCUAAAAAUGUUAAAUCUAGUUGACUUCUAAUUGUGAAACUCGAUCAAGCCUUUCAUAGAAACAACUGGAACUUGUGUUUUUCUUUGGUUCUGGAACGUGUUGACUUCUGCAGGAUGCAUCUCUACAAAAACACACCAGCAUUUAUUUCUUUUCCCUUGUUUUUUAUGUCAUAAAGAGAAACUGUAAAACAUGCCACCGUCUUAAAAGAAGCUUAUCUUUUGUAUCAUAUUGUUUGCAAUAAAAAGAAAGAUAUUGAAAAUGUC